AUGGGUGGUAAGUUAUGGGAUAUAGUGGACAAGGAUUAUGCAAUUAUUGAUCCCACUAAUCCUACCAAUGAAGAUAGGGAGAAUACUCUUGCAAAUGCUCAAGCUACAAAUGUUCUUUAUAGUGCUUUAGAUCUUAAUGAGUUCAAUUGCAUUUGCAAGCUUGAGACCACUCAUGAAAUUUGGAAAAGGCUUAAAGAGAUUCAUGCUGGCACAACUAUGGUUAAGGAUGCAAAACUUUUUGUUUAUAAAGGGCAACUUAAGAAAUUUACUAUGUUACAAAACGAGAGCAUUGAAGAAAUGUUCAAUUGUUUAAACAACAUAAUAAAUGAGCUCAAGGGGCUUGGCAUGGAUGUUUCCGAUAUUGAUUUCUCUCACAAGUUUCUUAGAGCUUUGCCUAACAAAUAUGAUACAAUUGUUACUUUGCUUGGGAGGUCCAAACUUGAAGGAGAUGACUCCAAUGCAAAUCUUGAGUGA